GGUAAGAUAUGAUAGUAUUUAGAUCUAUUAAUAUAAAUACUUUUUACGUCGUAUACGAUAUAAAAUAUGAUAAUAGAGGCUAUCAGUAAACGAAUAGAAAUACGCAAUAUGAAUAUUUUGUUAUCAAUAUCAAUAUCAUCAUCAAUUUAAUGAUCUUCUUGUAGUGUAUGAUUUACAUAAUUUUAUAUUGCAAAAUUACAAUUUGUAAUAUUGAAGAUAAGAAAUAUUAGUCAUUGCUACAAUGAAGUGUCACUAUGAGAUAUUAGGGGUACCACGAAAUGCUUCUGAUGAUGACUUAAAAAAGGCUUACAGGAAACUAGCUUUAAAGUGGCAUCCAGACAAAAAUUUAAAUAAUCCAGAAGAAGCAAAGGAACAGUUUCAGCUUGUUCAACAAGCUUGGGAGGUAUUAAGUGAUCCUCAUGAACGUACCUGGUAUGACAACCAUCGUGAAGCUAUUUUAAAAGGUGGUAUUGAUGGAGAUUAUAAGGAUGACUCUAUUGAUCUCUUUCAAUAUUUCUCAACUACUUGUUUCAAGGGUUAUGGAGACGAUGAAAAAGGAUUUUAUACUACUUAUCGUAAUGUAUUUGAAAAAUUAGCAGUCGAGGACAUAGAAUUUGCAAAAGAAAAAGAUUUAGAUGAAGAAAUUCCAGGAUUUGGAGAUUCACAAAGUUCAUAUAAAGAAAUUGUUCAUAAAUUUUAUGCUUAUUGGCAAAGUUAUAACACAAAAAGAUCAUUUGCAUGGUUAGAUCCUUAUGACAUUAGAGAUGCUCCUAAUAGAAAAGUCGCACGUCUUAUUGAGAAAGAAAAUAAGAAAGUUCGAGACAAAGCUAAGAAAGAAAGAAAUGAACAAGUAAGAAAUUUAGUUGCAUUUAUACGUAAACGUGAUAAACGAGUACAGGCUCAUAUAGUUAAGCUUAGUGAACAUGCAAAAGAAAAUUUGAAAAAGGUAGAAGAACGAAGAAGACAACAAUUAUUAGAAAGACAAAAACAAUUAAAAGAACAUAAAGUAUCAGAAUGGUCAACAUCUACAAACAUAGAGGCCGAACUUAAAAAUAUUGAAGCUAAUCUUGAUCAAGAAUUUGGAGAAGAUUUAUCUUCUGAAGGAGACAUGGAUGAUGAAAAUGCAAUAGAUGAUAAUUCUCUGUAUUGUGUAGCUUGCAAUAAAAUAUUUAAAACACAUAAAGCAUUUAAAAAUCAUGAAAACUCUAAAAGACAUAAAGAUAAUAUUGCAAUGAUAAAACUAUCUAUGAUGAAAGAAUGUAACAAAUUUGGAAAUGUUCAAGAAAGUGAUGUUAAUUCUGAAUCAAUCUCACAAUUUGAGAAAAAACUAGCAACAGAUUCACAAAUUCCUGAUUUUUUAUUAAAUCCUGUUCAAAAUAAUAUGGAGAAUAAAAGUAGUGCUGAAAAAGAAAUUUCAGAGGCAGAAUUAAUAUCAGAUGAUGAAGAAUUUAAGGAUUUUGCAAAACCAGAAGGAAUAAUGUGCUAUCCAGAAGAAUCUAAAUUUGCUGUGGAAUCUCAGAUGGACGAUUUCCUCCGUGUAUCACCUAAAGUACUGAAAUAUAAUAAUGAAUAUACAACUUCUGAAGAUGAGCUUAUUUCUGACCAAGAAAAUAAAGAAAUUGUGCGACCUAAGAAACAAAAAAAGAAAAAACAGAAAAAGAAUGUUCAGAGUCCAGUAGUAGAACAAAUUAGUGACGAAGAUCUAAAUAUCAAUGAAGAUAUUUUGUUAUCAAAAAAACAACGCAAAAAACAGCAACACAAGCAGACAAUAUUAAAUAAAGUUGUUGAGAAUAAUCAAAAAUUGUCCAAUGAUGAAAUAAGGAAAUGUGAGGAAGAGAUAAUCAAAGAAAUAGAUGAAAGAGAAUUAUUACCUAAUAAUUUAGAAACAAGUACUGCAAUUAAUGAGAAAUCUAAAAGUAAGAAGGCUAAAAGUGCAAAAAGAAAAUCUUUAGAAAAUGAAAAUGGAGGUAAAAAUAGGAAUGGAUCACAAAGCAUUGAAGUGCCAGAUUUAGCACAUUGUUGUGUCAUGUGUAAACUUGAAUUUCCUAGUAAAAAUAAAUUAUUUGAACACUUGAAAAAGACAGGACAUUCUGUAUAUAUACCAAGUUCAGUGAAAAAUAAAAGAAAUCAAGAAAAAUUGAGUAAAGGCAAGGGGAACAAUGAUAAAAGGAGUCAUUAUUCUAAUUUAAGGUCCAGAAUUAUGGCUGCCAAAAAGCUAAUUUAUCCUGCAGCUGAACGUAACAAAAGUCCAAUUUUGUCAGUUCUUCAAAAAUAUAUUCAGCAUAGUCCAGAUAAAACUUUCUUGGAAAUUGCAUCUGGUUCUGGACAACAUAUAGCCUAUUUUGCCACCCAUUUUCCUCAAAUUUCAUUUUAUCCUUCAGAAUAUGAAUCAAGGCUAUUCGAAAGUAUUGCAGCUCAUACAAAUGGACUUAUAAAUGUGAAAGACCCUUUAAAGAUAGAUAUUACAACAGAUUUUCAUACUUGGGGUAACAAUAUCUUUAAAGAAGCCAAUAUUGAUUAUAUAUAUAAUGCGAAUAUGAUACAUAUUUCACCUUAUCAGUGUUGUGUUGGUUUAUUUAAUAAUGCGGGUAAACUGUUAAAGGAUGAUGGUAUUUUAUUUACAUAUGGACCUUAUGCUAUAGACGGAAAAAUAACGCCAGAAAGUAACGUUAAUUUCGAUAAAUCAUUGAAGCUUCAAGAUUCAAACUGGGGCCUGAGAGAUAUUAAUGAUCUGAAGGCAUUAGCAGAAAAGAAUGCUCUGAGUGCAUCUUCCAUUAAUCUAGACUUUGGUGCUCUUGCUAAAUAUGUUGUACACUGUGCUAAAAGGACAUCACAUUCAGGCAUUCCUAUCAUCUUGCAACCAUGCAUUCAAAUUUGUGCAAUGAUAGUUCGUCGAAGGCGAAGGACAUUAGAUAACAAGCAAUCGCAGGUGCAAAGCGCCAAGUUUGAUUAUGAACAUAUUUCUACCAAUUGUGUCGAAAAUGUUGUCGAACAGGAGGAGAAAGACGGAGAAAUUGUUUCAAAUGUAAUUGAGAAGUUUAAGACGCUAGAAACGCUAAAAACUCGAAUUAAAAUCAGUCUCGAAGUUGAUUUAAUUUCAGUUAUUUUAUUAGUAAGUGGAAUUGUUACUCGAUUUUAUCGUUUAGAAGAACCACGGAGUAUAGUGUUUGAUGAAUUGCAUUAUGGAAAAUAUAUAGGACUUUACAUGAAAAGAACAUUUUUUUUUGAUUCACAUCCUCCUUUGGGAAAACAGCUUAUUUCUGCAGUAGCGUAUUUAGCUGAUUUCGAUGGUCAAUUUAAAUUUGACAGAAUAGGAAGCCCUUACGCAGAUAUUGUCCCUUUGUUCGCAUUACGAUUAGUACCGGCAUUAUGCGGCAGUCUAUUAAUUCCGACAGCCUAUCAUUUGAUUUUAGAAUUAGGUUUAAAACAAUGGACUGCUGUUUUGGCGGGAAUUUUAUUACUAUUCGACAAUGCUUUAUUAACACAAUCUAGAUUUAUUCUAAUGGAAAGCAUUCUAAUGCAGUUUUCAUUAUUUGGACUGAUAUGUAUUAUCAAAUUCAGAAAAGUAAUGGAUCGACUAACAUGUUUAUCUUGGUGGAUAUGGUUAAUUUUGGGCAUUACUAAUUUAACAUGUGCAUUGUGUGUAAAAUAUGUUGGAUUAUAUUCAUUGAUUCUUGCAUUAUUUUUAAUUGCUUAUGAUUAUUGGAAUCUAAUAGCAAGAAAAACUUUAUCUAACGCAAUAUUAUGCAUUCAUCUUAUGAUAAGAAUAUUGAUAAUAUUAAGUGUUAUUUGUACUGUUUACUUGACUGUAUUUUAUAUACAUUUAACAAUACUCUCUAAAGCUGGACCACACGAUUCAGUAAUGACAAGUGCUUUUCAAGCAAGUCUAGAUGGUGGUCUUGCUAGCAUUACAAAAGGCCAACCUUUAGAAGUUACGCAUGGAUCACAGAUUACCUUGAGACAUACAUAUGGAAGAGCUUGUUGGCUUCAUAGUCAUAGUCAUAUGUAUCCAUUAAGAUAUCCAGAUGGAAGAGGCAGUUCUCACCAACAACAAGUUACAUGUUAUUCGUUUAAAGAUGUCAACAAUUGGUGGAUUGUGAAAAAACCAGAGCGAAAUGAUUUAGUUGUUACAAAACCUAGUGAACCAAUAAAACAUGGAGAUAUAAUACAAUUAGUACAUGGAAUUACAAGUCGAGCUUUAAAUUCACAUGAUGUUGCUGCCCCAAUGACACCUCAGAGUCAAGAGGUGUCUUGUUAUAUUGAUUACAAUGUAUCUAUGCCUGCCCAAAAUUUUUGGAAAGUGGAGGUUACUAACAAAGAUAAUACUGGUGAUGUUUGGCAUGCGAUUCAAAGCCAGAUUCGAUUAAUACAUGUAAAUACAGAUUAUGCACUAAAAUUUAGUGGAAGGCAAUUGCCUGACUGGGGCUUCAACCAGCAUGAAGUAGUGGCAGAUAGAUUAGUAGACCAAACAGACUCCAUAUGGAAUGUUGAAGAACAUAGAUAUACUAAAAGUGAAGAUCAGAAGCAAAGAGAAAGAGAAUUAAUUAAUGCUGAAAUGAUUCCAUUACAAGCAACUACUUUGAGCUUUUGGGAGAAAUUUGUAGAAUUGCAGAUAAAAAUGCUUUUCAAUGGUCAAGAAGGACAAAACAGUCAUAUGUAUUCUAGUGAUCCUUUAGAUUGGCCAUUAAUGUCUAGAGGAAUUGCAUAUUGGGUUUCUAAUGACAGUAAUGCUCAAGUGCAUUUAUUAGGGAAUAUAGCAAUUUGGUAUUCUGGAACGGCAUGUGUAAUUGUCUAUUCAUCUCUUUUAAUAUUUUAUAUGUUAAGACGGAAACGAAUGUGUUUUGAUAUUGCAUAUGAAGAAUGGAAGAAAUUUGUUAAUGUUGGAAGCAUGUUGUUAGCUGGAUAUUUAUUACAUUUUUUGCCUUUUAUAUUUGUUGAAAGAACUCUAUUUCUUCAUCAUUAUUUACCAGCAUUUAUUUUUAAACUACUGCUUACAGCAGCAACAAUAGAACAUUUAUAUUAUGUAAUUAGAGUUCGAUAUCAGCACAAUUUUUUGAUAUAUACAUUAAAGUUCUGUACUAUCGUAUGGAUGACCUUUAUUAUUUAUGUAUUUAAAAAAUUUAUUAUUCUUAGUUAUGGCACAACUCAUUUAAGUGCCAAGGAAGUUUUAAAGUUCAGAUGGAAAGACACAUGGGAUUUUAUUAUACAUAAAACAUAAUAGACAAUCAAAGAUGUAAAGUUUUUUUAAAUAUACAUAUAUAAAAUUGUUAUCUGCUUGUAUCAAAAGUUAUUUAAUGUAUCACUUAUAUAUACAUUGUAUGUUGAUAUUAUAAAGAACAAAUUUUAAUAAUUGUAAGAACAUUGUUCAAAUGUUCAAGGUACAAGUUUAAUUCACAUAUCUAGAUGUAUUAUUCUUCUUACUUUUUUUACAUAACGAAAAGUAUAUGAUAAAUUAUA